AUGCUGUCCUGCCGCGCGCUGAACCGCCGAAUACACCGAGAGGAGUACACCAUUUGUCGCGAAUAUUUGGAACAUCGCAGGCGACGGUCACUUGUCUACUGGAAAGAGAGCAGUGACAUCUCUCCGGGAGACGAUCUGACAUUCAUCUCGGAUUUGUUCCCUCCGCUCCCCCCUCAGUACUCAGGUACCGGAUCUCAUGAUGAUCUACCCGAGUAUUGCUUCGGCUAUCUGGCGGAUCUCAACCGAUGCUGGGUAACUUGCAUCAGACUGUCAUACUAUUUGGCCGACUACGUAGUUCGGCAUCACCUACAGACUGACUCCGAUGCUCAACCUUUAUGGUCGUCUUGCAAGACUGAAAAGGAAGUGGUCUACAGUAAGGGCGUGGGCACGCUCCAGUCCCGCCUACUAUAUCCAAUAGCAUAUCUUGCUUUCUUCCUCGAGACCCACGCUGCAGGUCGUGCCACAUCAACGGAGCAUGGACAACCACCUCGCCUGCAUCACGCUCUAGAAGACCAACUCUCCAUCCUCCAAAGGCCCCCGUUCACCACCACCGAGGUUCUUCUUUCUACCCACCACUGCAUGCAUCUCCUUUGCUCCUCAGUUCGUCACAUGAUGGUACCCGAGAUUCCCUCUUCCUCAGCCGGAAGCUGGGUCAGUCUUCUCCUGACAACAUCGACCCUCGAACGCAUCCUCGACUUCUUUGUCGCCGCCGCACAUGAUCAAAUUACUCAACCACGUAACUCGCAUGCUUCCCCUAACCCACAUACCCAGCACACGCAUAAGAAGACCGUAUCCUCCAGCUGGACAAAACGACGAGACUUUCUCCUGCAGAUGCGAGCAGAUUGGGAGGAAUACCUCGCUUCCGCAGAAGGAGCCCAUCCUGGCUAUGAGGAUAAUCGCAUUGCACCGCCUGGACUGCGACAGGUCUGGUUCGAGGCCGCCGAAAAGGAGAUGUACCGGCGCGGUGUGAUGCCCCACCGAAGCGAGGAUUCAGUUCACAUCCUCCAUGGUUCAGCUGUCAGGUUACGAUGUGAAUUUUGCAAUGAUGAAUGA